AUGGCCCUUCCCAAGUCCCUCCAGAAAAGUCUGACCCCUGACGAGCUCACCUUUCUCGCUGAGCAGGACCACAUCAACAUCGUGCCUCUCUUUUCCAUGACCCCCGUACGGCUUGUGAGCGGCAUCUAUGGACCAUUUCAUCCCCCUUCUGCAGCCAGAGUUCCCAUAUGGUUGGGAUUGAGUUUGAAGAAGAAGAGAAAGUGUAGGAUCGUGCCACCAGAAUGGCUUUCCGUCGGCAAGUUGACUGUAGAGAACUUACUCCAGGUUCUGAAGAAUGAAAAGGAAAACUCGGAAGGGUUUGAAAGAUUACCGCGGCGGUUUAUGGAGAUCAGCAAGGUCCUUUUAGACGUAGCACUCGAUGACAUCUCACAAGCUACACAAGUCCGCUCGCUUCUCAAGGACAUCAGAGAAGUCCGCCAGGCCAAGAUUCGCUUCGGUCUCCAAAGCGAAGACGUAUUGCAAAGUGACUAUCUCCAAGUGACGAAUCUCACACCAUUAGAAUUGUCAGAGCUCAAACCGUUCUUGAUAAGGUCGAUGAGCUUGAUGCAGAGUCUCAAAGCACAGAACGAGGAAGAGGAGGAUGAGGAGUAG